AUGAUUUCCAGGAAAGUGUUGGGAUUUCUUGUCUGUCUGUUUGUUGUUACCGCGUUUAUCUGGAUUAUAGUGGGGAAUGGAAAAGUGCACUACCUCCCAUUUUACCUUCCUUGCCCGGAAAUCUCCUCCAUGAAACUCCAAUAUACAGAAGAGAAGCUAAUCCAGCUUUUCCCCCAAUUAUUUUAUCAGCAGCCAAGAGUGCUGGCUCCAAAGCGUCAGGAUGUGCUGACAGUCACACCAUGGCUAGCCCCCAUCAUCUGGGAAGGAACCUUCAAUUCUGAGAUCCUAGACAGUGCCUACAGGCCACUGAAUCUCACCAUAGGGGUGACAGCCUUUGCCGUUGGAAAAUACACAAGGUUUGUGGGCCGCUUCUUGGAGUCAGCAGAGAAACAUUUCAUGAAAGGCUAUCGGGUGAACUAUUAUAUCUUCACUGACAACCCUGAGACAAUUCCCAAUGUCCAGCUGCAAUCUGGACGAAGGUUUGUCAUUGUCCCCAUGAAGAACUACCCCAGCUGGCAAAAGAUCUCCAUGCACAGGAUGGAGGCCAUAAACAAGCACAUAGCAGAGACAAGCCAUCAGGAGGUAGACUACCUCUUCUGCCUGGACAUUGACAUGGCGUUCUACAAUGCCUGGGGGUCUGAGACCCUGGGUGAUACAGUAGCAGCCAUACACCCUGGCUACUUCAAUGUCCCUCGAAGCCAGUUCCCUUAUGAGAGGAAGAGCUCUUCAGCAGCCUACAUCCCUGAUGGAGAAGGGGACUUCUACUACGGAGGAGCUGUGUUUGGAGGGCUUGUCAAGAAAGUCUAUGAGUUCACCAAGGCUUGCCACAUGACCAUCCUGACGGACAAAGCCAAUGGGAUCAUGGCAGCCUGGCGGGAAGAAAGUCAUCUCAACAGGCACUUCCUCUCCCACAAACCCUCCAAGGUGCUUUCUCCAGAGUACUUAUGGGAUGACAGGAAGCCAAAGCCCCCUGAAAUUCACCUCAUACGUUUUUCCACAGUGGAUAAGAACUACAAAGAGAUACGAGAUUGACCAUCUGAUCCCUGCAGAGAUGUCCUCCACACAAUCAAACCCACUGAAUAUUAGCUCCCACAGAACAUGCCCCACCGUGGAUAGUUUCUCUGGAGAACAGGAGUCUUAAUGCAUUUCAGAAGCAGCAGCCAAAGUGGAGGUGAGAAUGAAAAGGUUUCUAGGUUCCUAAUCUUUGUAAAUACAAGCAUCCCACUUGAGGCUGCAGCACACAAAAAGGCAUUCAAAAGGCCAGUUAUCAAAUGCAAGGCUGUCCUUAUAGCAAGGCUGCAAGUGCCUUUGCCUGAGUGUUUUCCUGAGGC